AUGCAGGGCCGCACGCGCCGCAUCUCCACCAAGAUUGUCCGUGCCAUCGUGAACGGCGAAAAUGCCGAGAGGGAACAAAAGACGCGAUCGUUAUUUGCACAACUCAUACAUCACCUGUUCAACUUUUUUUAUAUAUGGAAUUUGGACCUAAAACUAUACCGAGGUGAUGAUUUUCUUGCUCUAAGACACGACGUGUGGCAUUUGAACAAUGGUGCAUACACACGAUCUUUUCAACCCGCAGACGAGAGCCCGUCACUAGGGUCUAGUGAACAGCAUGCGACAACUCUGGUCCCAAUGGGGAGCCUUGGAUAUAGUGGCUCUACGUUUUUUGAGAGUUUGGACGGUAAAUACAUUGUCAAGUCUCUGGACAGACACUUCGAGCAUCAUUUCUUCACGCAGGAACUGCUUACGCCGUAUCUGAUCCAUAUGCGGGAACAUCCUGACAGUCUCCUGGUGCGCAUCACUGACCUGCUGCAAGUUUCGCAUACCACUCUGGGGGGCAUAUUCGGCACUGAACCAACACACCAUGUUGUCAUGGAGAACCUCCUUUAUGGCACUGGGCAGGCUGGCGAUGCGUCACAUUGUGAAACAUAUGAUCUGAAGCCGAAGGACUAUUUUUUCCCGGAGCGUGAUAUUGCAAAUGGCAACUUGGCGUCGCAAAGUGUGAAGAACAAGCUGGUGGAUCACUUCCCAGGCAAAGUGCAAAUAUCGCAUGAGGCUACGGAAGAGCUGAUGGCUUUGUUGGAUACAGACACAAAAUUCCUGGCCGACUUCAAUGUCUUAGAUUACUCAUUAUUCCUUGUGCGCUAUCCCUACACAGCAGAACCAGCUUAUGCUGGACCUAGUCAACCGGCUGCCCAAACUAAAUUGGCGGCAACACCGAUUGACUGUUGGAGGACAGGCGUGGUCUCAAGUGACGAGCAAUGGGUGUAUCGUGCCGUCUUGCUGGACUUUUUCUGGGCUCGACAUAAGUUUCACGCGAGGACCAUGUCUGGCAUCGUUGGGGUCUUUAACGUUUGGGCUGGGCAAGGUCCCAUGACAAUCACUACGGAACCGUUUGAGUACAGGAAGCGCUUCAUGAAAAUGGUUCAAAAACUGCUGGUGGGAAGGGAAUGGGACGAAUGA